GACAUGAAAACAAGAAAGUGGAGCUUUUCACUUGAGGAUUAUAAGAGACUCAUGGAUGUCCUCAGUGGGAUAGCAGCAGUGGAGGUGGAGCCUCUGCCCAGGGCAAUAGUCCAGGCGUUCUCUGCCAGGUUUGACGGGACUGAAGCCAGGUCUUUAGACGUCCCUGAGGCAGACCUCUCCAGCAUCGACCCCUCGCUCACCUGCAGCCUUAUGCCCUUCCAGAGGGAGGGAGUCAAUUUUGCUGUGUCCAAACAAGGCCGCCUCCUUCUGGCUGAUGACAUGGGUCUGGGAAAAACGGUGCAGGCCAUCUGUAUAGCAGCCUACUACAGGAAUGAGUGGCCCUUGCUGGUCGUUGCUCCCUCGUCUGUGCGAUUCACCUGGGCCGAG